AUGCUGCCGUCAGCCGCCGCGCUGUGGCUGCUGGUGUCCGCAUGCGGCGCUGUGCCGCCCAUCAUGCUGCGCAGCCAGUGUUCGGCGCUCGGAGGCCGCAACUCCCCUCCUAUUAGCUCUACGCCGUACACGCCGUCGCUUCGGGGGCGCAGUAUCCGAGUCGGAAGCCCCGUGGUGGGCAGCUUGCCGGCCGAUAUCUCGCAGUUCCCCUGGCAGGUGUCGCUGGAGGCGCUGGGCCGGCACGUGUGCGGCGGCUCCGUCAUCAGCGAGACCUGGCUGCUGACGGCCGCGCAUUGCUUCUCCCUGACUCGAAACAGAGGCCUGUCCGUCAGGGCCGGGACCUCCUCACGCGGCAGCGGAGGCACGCAGUUCAACGUGGCUCACAAGGUCUGCCACGAGAAGCACGGCCUCACCGCUGAUUACGACAUCGCUGUCGUCUCCAUCUUGGGCUCUUUCUUUGCUGACCUUAAAGUGAAGCCGGUCGUCCUCGGCAGAUCGGAGUUGUCUGGCGGCGCCGGGGUGUUCGUCUCCGGCUGGGGUGAUAUGAGACACGGAGAUGCUUCCUCAGACCAACUGCAUGCCGUCAGUAUGACGAUUGUUGAACGUUCCUUGUGCAAUGCCAUUUAUCGUGGUCUCAUAACAGACCGUAUGAUAUGCGCAGAAAACACUGACACUGGCAGGGAUGUUUGUCAUGGUGCUGGCGGAAGUCCACUGGUUGAAGGCGCCAUACAGUAUGGCAUCGCCUCCUGGGGCAACGGAUGUUCGUCGGCUACUUAUCCUGGAGUGUAUACCAACGUUGCCGGUCUGCGAUACUGGAUUAUUUCAACAACUGGCAUGAAGUAA